GCCUCCCUUGCAAAAGCUGUCCGCGCCCGCGCCUGCUUAGCUUCCCGCGCGCGUCAGGCGCCCCGCCCACCGAGCUACGCAGGCAGAAAACCCGACACGCGCUAGCUCAGCGCCCCGCCCAUGCGCCCAGGUCUCCCCCUCCCCCCAUUCCGCUCACCUGAGCCGCCUCGGCCCCGCCCUGCGCCCCCCUGAGGAAACCCCAAAGGGCCCCAAACUGCUUCCCUGGUGGGCGGCCUCCGGGCCUUCCGGGGGGAGGGCAGCGGGAUGCGCUUUCCGGGGCGGCGCCGAGGCAAAGAUGGCGGCGCCGGUGGUGCGGAUCCAGAGCGACUGGGACCAGGUGCUGAGGAAGAAUGAGGAGGAGGCUUGGUUGAGCUGCAAGAGCCCAGGAAAAUCUACUUUGUAUGGAACCCUGACUUGUCAGGGAGUGAGCUCAGAUGGAAUUCCUGAAAUCACAGCCUCUGAAGGAUUUGCUGUCAGUGAAAUAACUAAGAAAAGUCUGCUUGUCUCCUGCCCUCGUGAAAAUGUCUCCACCAAAUUUCUGGCACCCUACACAACCUUCUGUAGAAUUCAUCAAAAAAGCAUCACUUGCCUUGACAUUUCUAGUGGUGGAGGGCUUGGAGUGUCAACCAGUGCUGAUGGAACUAUGAAAAUUUGGCAGGCAGCUAAUGGAGAAGUUAGAAGGUGUUUGGAAGGCCAUGUGUAUGAUGUGAAUUGCUGCAGAUUUUUCCCAUCAGGCAUUGUGGUUCUGAGUGGAGGGAUGGAUGCCCAGCUAAAGAUCUGGUCUGCAGAAAAUGCCAGCUGUGUUGUAACAUUUCAGGGUCACAAAGCAGGAAUUCUGGACACAGCCAUCGUGGAUCGAGGAAAGAAUGUGGUCUCCAGCUCUCGGGAUGGCACUGCCCGCCUCUGGGACUGUGGGAGAUCUGCCUGUCUGGGGGUUGUGGUAGAUUGUGGCUCUCCAGUCAAUGGUAUCGCCUUGGGUGAGGCCGACAACACCUUAAACUUGGGCUCGCCUGAAAAAAUACCUAGUGAGCGUGAAAUUGGAACAGAUGGGAAACUGUUGCUGUUGGCGCGAGAGGACAAGAAGUUGCAGGGGGUGGGGCUGCAAAGCAGGCAGCCGGUUUUUCUGUUUGUGGGCACUGAUGCGUUUAACUGCUGUACGUUCCUCUCCAACAUCUACCUCCUGGGUGGAGCUCAAGAUGGAAAUAUAUACCAGCUGGAUGUGAGAAAUACCAAGGCUGCAGUUCGAGUUGUUCAGAGAUCAGGAGCACCAGUGCUUUCCCUGCUGCCUUACAGAGAUGGAUUUAUCGCCAGCCAAGGAGAUGGGACCUGUUUUAUUAUGCAGCAAGAUCUCGAUCACGUUGUUGAACUCACUGGGCCAGACUGUGACCCUGUAUAUAAGGUGGCUACAUGGGAGAAGCAGGUGUACACUUGUUGCAGAGAUGGGAUAGUGAGGAGAUACCAGCUUUCAGACCUCUAACUGGAGCUACGAACAUGACUACAAAUACUAGGGAUUAUUUAAACACCAAUUUGAAACGAGACAUACCAGGAUGUGCCGCGUUUCCAGGUCUUUGUACCGGUAGCAUGACUGGAGUAUGCACGUGUAAGAUGUGAGGACCAUGCUGAGACGCAGGAUCCAAGAUCAAGCUAUAGGUAACCUUCCUGCAGAGAGCUGUAAAUAGAACAGUUUUGAAAGUUUACACCAUUUCUCUGCACUGAACAGCCCAGAAAGUUUGAUGGGUUAAUAAGGUCUGUUUUGUAUUUGCAAAAGUGUUUUUUGAUAUCCAUUGUGUGGCUGGUGAUUGUUCGUAAGAGAGGCAGUAGGAGUUGAUCUGUGUGAGGAAAAUUGAGGCCAGCAGACUUCAAUAAAAGGGAUGUGUUUUAAUAA